AUGAGUGUUGCACGUCCAGCUGCCAGGAGUCUGCUUCGCAGAUCUCUGGCAGCCGCACCCGCGACAGCAUCCAAUCCAGCCCCGUCGAUAUCGGGAUCAUGCCAUCAAUUCCACAGCUCCGCGCAGCUGGCAGCGCGGAAACGAUCGCGUUUCAGGAACCUGCGCGCUGCUGAGAUGGGCCUUGUCACGCCCGAAAAGAUCGAGGAGUUUUCGAAGAAGAAGUUCCCUGACUUCACCGAGGCAGAUAAGGAGAUCCUAAGAAAGCGUUACAGCCCGGAACAGUUGGAAGCAUUGGAGGCUGGUGAAGCGGCCGUGGAUCCCAAGGACCUCACCAUCCAGGGCCGGCUUCGUAACGACCCCUAUAAAUUCCCCUACGUCGAAGAUUUCAUGAACAUUGUUCCCGUUGUCGACAAGCGCCCGAAGACAAAAGGGCCGCCCGUUUCAGAUUCAGAAUUCAUGUUGCCAGACGACUUCCGCGAUGACUUGAUGAAGUGGAUACAGUCCUUCGUACCAAAAGACAUCAACCUCGACGGUCUCAGUGACGAAGAGCUACAGAAGCAGAUCGAAAAAUGGGGGCCUAAGGAUGUUGACACACUGGAGUACUGGUUCGAGCGGUCGGCUAUGACCGACAAUGGCCAAGGAUCGAACACCGCGCUGGCACCAGCUCUUCCUGAAAAGGUCCCUGGCGUUGCUGGCUUGUAUAAGGCGGAGCAGGAUCCUGCCGACGAGGGCCGCGACCCCGAGGGUAUGUACCAAGAUCUGAAGAAGCGGACGAAUAUGAACCUUAGGGACAUCCUACACAUCCAAACGAAGAUCCUUGUCACGCGCUGGGUAUCGAACCAAACACGUCUCGGCAAGGUCAAGAGCCAAUACGUUCUUGCAAUUGCGGGCAACGGAAAUGGGAGAUUAGGCGUUGGCGAAGCAAAAUCGACAGAAGGCAUGGUGGCCGUGAACAAGGCGAAGCAGCUCGCCAUCCGGAACAUGAAGCCAAUCCCGAGAUAUGAGAAGAGAACAAUUUACGGCAACGUGGAGGCCAAGGUGGGAGCUACAGUGGUUCAGCUGUACAAUCGUCCGCCAGGAUUUGGCCUCCGAGUCUCACAUAGAAUCUUCGAAAUAUGCCGCGCGGCAGGCAUCUAUGAUCUCUCCGCUAGAAUGCCCCGGUCCCGAAACCCCAUGAACUCUGUCAAAGCAACAGUCCAGGCUCUCAUGAGCCAGAAAGACCCCAAUGAGGUUGCGAUCGGAAGGGGCAAGAAGAUGGUCGAUUGUGAAUACGAGACUUGUCUUUCGCUCGAGCUCUCGCAGGCCAUCGAGGAUCUCGGUGGUAGGCUGGGCCGCGAGAUUGUCGAGGAUCGAAGCCAUCUGUUUUGGAUCAUCAAUUUCACUCCGUUCGACGAUCAAGAUGAGCGUUACCGUACCUUUUUCAUGUUUUCGGCAAGACGCUCAUACUCAUCCAACACCUCCUGCUCCAAGGGCGUCAGCUCGGGUGGCGAGGCCAGCCCGCCGAGGCUCACGGACGACAUCCUCCGCAGCGGAAGCCGGCUUGCGUACGAGGUGGAGCUGCUGCGCGGUGAGACGUUGAGUCUCGCCGAGACGCUGACGGACGGUCUGAAAGAUGACGUGGCGAAGUUCGUCCCGGAGGGUAUUCAGGACGCCCCAGAGAGGAGAGUGGAUGGUAUUGAGCCCCAAAUUCCAGCUACCCAAGCGGAGGCGGAGGGCAAGGACGGCGAGGAGGGCACCGCGGCGACAACUAACGAGCCGCCUUACAUCUCACAGCUGCGGACCCUGACGGUCGUGCGGUCGCGGCUCGACUCGGUCAUCAAGACGUUUGGCGACGCCAUGGAGUUCGUCUUCCCGCCGUCAGAGCUGUCGACCAGCUCAUCAUUCCUGUCCGUGUCGGCGCCAGAUGCCGGCGGUGAGAACCAGAGCACGGAGGAGAAGGGCCAGCAGGUACUCCAGAAAUUACGAGACGAGAUAACGGAUUUAUCAUCAAAAUCGUCAGAUCCGGUAAAGGGCAUCGAGGACGCCGCCAAGCGGAUUGAGGAGCUCAAGGAGCUCUCUGUCAUUUGGAAAGGCACAGCAGAGGAAAAGGGACGCGCCAAGUUCAUUGAGAACCUGGCAAGAAUAGUAGAGGAGCGGCAUCGUGUACUUCUGCGAGAGAUGGACCAGAGCGGCAGGCGAGGUGGCAAUCGGGAUGGCGAGAGCAUUGCAAGGAAAGAGACGGGCACCCCUGAGCCAACCGGGGCGGAAAACAGAGGCUAUGGAGGCUAUGGUCUCAUCAGCCAGCUUCAGAAAAUUCGGAGUGGCCUGUAA